AUGGCUACAUAUUUGGGCCAGUGUUUGACGCUAGGACAGUUGCAUACUUUGGCUGGGGCUACAGCCUCGUUCGUGGCGGUGAUAUCGUCUUAUCCAUUGGACUUGAUGAAAAAUAGAGUAGCUUCUGCGUCCCUAUACAAGUCCCCUUUGGACUGUAUGAGGAUCACAUGGAAAAAUGAGGGUUUUAAAGGCUUCUAUAAAGGAGUAUCGUCGCCUAUGAUUGGGGACGUGGCGAUUGGGAUGACAGCCUUCGGAGUGUAUGGGUAUAUGAGUACUCGCCUUAAGCAGAGUUCUAACAAUUCGUUCAGUCCGACCAAAACGGCCGCUAUUUCUGGAGGGACUGCGGGCUUGGCAGCUGCUGUGAUUGGAUGUCCUUUCGAAGUGGUUAAGCUUCAACUCCAGAUGCAGUACGUGCGAGGCCUCAGCGCUUCUAUCAACGUUGCUUCGUCGGAGUAUACUUACCAAGAGUCGGAGUUUUCCAAGCGCAAGGUGAACUUGAUAUCACUAAUGUAUUGGAGUAACCUCAUCCAAGCUAUCAUCCUGUUCAUGCUGGUCACAAGAGAUCAGUCCACUCUGAUUCCACACUGGUCCCCUAUGCAGGUACCGUACGACCUGGUCGCCUCGGAUCACUCGGAGGUGUUACAGUGGCCGGCAGCGUAUCGGUGUAUAAUGGCCUCUGAUGAGAGGGUCAAUCCCGAAUGCGCUAAUGGGCAGGCUGGGAUCUACCUAGGGUCGUGUAUUCUGUGGAUGCUCAUUUCCCAAUUGCUCCAAGCGGAGUUGGUCCGACAUGCAGGAGCCAGCCUCUGUGCUGUAGUCAUGACGCUGGGCUUGCCUACCACCGCCCUCGCUUUUUCCAUGCCUGAGCUUAUGGGGGACCAUAUCGAGCCUAUUGAUCGCUCAACCAUGUUGGCCCUCUCGGUGAUUCUGUUGGGCGUAAGCUUAUACCGUUCGGCUAAUAUAAGCGAUAAUGCUCCUGUUAGCCCGAAGAGUGCCGCAGUCUUGGUGCAGUCCACAGACUCGAACGGUAUGUAUUUCCGUAGGCGCUAA